UUGGUUGUUUUCAGCCCUGUUUGUUGGGUGUUUUGAGCCGCGUUUGGGUGUUUCGAGCCGUGCCAGCAUGAACCAGCCCCGCUGCCGCUCCGUGCUCAUCACCGGCUGCAGCCGGGGCAUCGGGCUGGGGCUGGUGCGGGGACUCGCAGCCGCCGACCCCUCCCCGGAAUUCGUCUUUGCCACCUGUCGAUACCCCGAGAAGGCGCAGGAACUCCAGCAGCUUAGCAAGCAAUACAGCAAUAUCAAGCUCCUCCAACUGGAUGUGGUCUGUGAAAACAGCAUCAAGAAAGUAGUCAAGGAAGUGGAAGAAAUUGUGGGAGACAAAGGUCUGAACUGCCUCAUUAACAACGCGGGCAUCAAUGUGCUUGCUUCUCUGGAGGAGGUCACAGCAGAGACAAUGCUCACCAUCUAUGAAACCAACACGGUUGCCCAGCUGAUGGUCACCAAGGCCUUUCUACCCCUUCUGAGGAAGGCAGCCCAGCUGAGCUCAGGAAUGGGUUGCCACAGAGCUGCUAUCAUCAAUAUGUCCUCUCUUGCUGCCUCCAUGCAACUCGUCCAGGCAAAUGAGAUGUUCCUCAAGGUCUACCCCUACAGGAUAGCCAAGACUGCACUGAACAUGAUCACCAGGUGUCUCGCUGCAGAUUUGAAAUCCGAUGGAAUUCUCUGUAUUUCUUUGCAUCCAGGCUGGCUCCAGACUGACAUGGGUGGCAACAUGGCUCCCAUGCAGGUGCAAGAGGCUAUCCCAGGUAUUCUCUCUGUUCUGGACCGUCUUGGUGAAAAAGAAAACGGCUCCUUCCUGGACUGGCAAGGGGAAACUCUGCCGUGGUAGAAGUGCACAGCACACUCCAGAAACAGCACGUCAUUCACUAUUUAACUUGUGCCACUAGUGUCUGUGUCUCUAGGGUUUUCUUAUCCUCUAGUUGAAGUAGCCAGCCUGAUAUCCAGCCUCUCUCUAGGUGUAUUUGGAAAGCGAGGCACCCGGCUCUGUUACUCGGUAUUGCUACUGCUCUGUUCUAAUGCUUCCUGCAAGUACCACUGUGCUCUCAUUGAAGGGUAUCUCCUGGAACCAUCUAAAAUAGAUUAAAACCCUCAAGUUAACUCUUCUCUUCACUUCCCAAACCAAAAUGUUCCUCCUGCUCCCAGGAGAAGUAAAGGCCCUGGCCUCAGAGCGAGGCCUGUGCAGGCUGUCGGACUCCCCCGCGCUCAGCCUGCAGGACACAGGUCUCUGGAAAAGGUCCUUUUAUUUCCUUCAGUCAUAGCUGUGUCGAGGACGAAGCUGCCCAGCUCUAAACGAGAUGAAUUUGGUACUUUUGUGGCUUCCUCAGCGACCCCUGCGUGUC